GCGCUUUUACUUUGAGAUUUGGCGUUUCUGAGAGUAAUAUAAACAGGAAUAAUCGUUUUGUAGUAAAGUGGUUUUAUAAUUUUUCUGUCUCCGCGCUAAAGCCUUCUGUCUGUGAAUAAGCAGCUACUCUACUAUCAACAUGCAUGUGAUUAAACGAGAUGGGCGCCAUGAGGCCGUUAGUUUUGAUAAAAUCACAUCCCGCAUUCAGAAGCUCUGCUAUGGACUCAACGGUGACUUUGUGGACCCCGCCCAGAUUACAAUGAAGGUGAUCCAGGGUCUGUACAGUGGGGUCACCACUGUGGAGCUGGACACUCUGGUUGCAGAGACUGCUGCCACACUCACCACCAAACAUCCCGACUAUGCAAUCCUGGCAGCUCGGAUUGCUGUGUCCAACCUGCACAGAGAGACCAAGAAAGUUUUCAGUGAUGUGAUGGAGGACCUGUACAACUAUGUCAACCCCUUAAACAAACGUCACUCCCCUAUGAUCGCCAAGGAGACACUUGACAUUGUCCUCGAAAACAAGGCUCUUCUCAACUCAGCUAUCAUUUACGACAGGGACUUUUCUUACAACUUCUUUGGGUUUAAGACUCUGGAGCGCUCAUAUUUACUGAAGAUCAACGGCAAAGUUGCUGAGAGACCCCAGCAGAUGCUGAUGAGAGUGGCAGUCGGGAUUCACAAACGAGACAUUGAUGCAGCUAUUGAAACGUACAACCUGCUUUCAGAAAAGUGGUUCACCCAUGCCUCUCCUACCCUGUUCAACGCAGGCACCAACAGGCCUCAGCUGUCCAGCUGUUUCCUGCUAGCUAUGAGUGAGGACAGCAUCAAUGGUAUUUACGACACACUGAAGCAGUGCGCACUCAUUUCCAAAUCAGCAGGAGGCAUUGGCGUGGCGGUCAGCUGUAUCAGAGCAACAGGCAGCUAUAUUGCCGGGACUAACGGGAUUUCUAAUGGGCUGGUUCCCAUGCUACGAGUGUACAACAACACAGCGCGAUAUGUGGACCAGGGCGGCAACAAGAGACCCGGCGCCUUCGCUGUGUACCUGGAGCCAUGGCACUCUGAUGUGUUUGAUUUUUUGGAGUUGAAGAAGAACACGGGUAAAGAAGAGCAAAGGGCCAGAGACCUGUUCUUUGCCCUGUGGAUCCCAGAUCUCUUUAUGAAACGAGUGGAAAGCAAUCAGGACUGGUCUCUGAUGUGUCCAAGUGAAUGUCCUGGGUUGGAUGAAUGCUGGGGAGAGGAGUUUGAGGAGCUCUACACUCGUUAUGAGAAGGAGGGCAGGGUCAGGCGUGUGGUGAAGGCUCAACAGCUCUGGUACGCCAUUAUUGAGUCACAGACAGAGACAGGUACACCCUAUAUGCUCUAUAAGGACGCCUGCAACAGGAAGACCAACCAGCAAAAUCUGGGCACCAUCAAGUCCAGCAAUCUGUGCACAGAAAUUGUAGAAUACACAAGUAAAGAUGAGGUUGCAGUGUGUAACCUGGCUUCCAUUGCCCUCAACAUGUAUGUCACCUCAGAAAGGAGCUUUGACUUCAAAAAGCUUGCAUCUGUAACCAAGGUCAUUGUCAGGAACCUAAACAAGAUCAUCGAUAUCAACUACUACCCAGUGCCUGAGGCUGAAAAAUCCAACAAGCGUCACCGGCCUAUUGGAAUCGGUGUGCAAGGUCUGGCUGAUGCCUUUAUCCUUAUGCGCUACCCAUUUGAAAGCCCUGAGGCCCAGUUACUCAACAUUCACAUCUUUGAGACCAUCUACUAUGCUGCCCUGGAGGCCAGUUGUGAGCUGGCAGCAGAAUUUGGCCCCUAUGAAACUUACGCUGGCUCUCCCGUCAGCAAGGGAAUCCUUCAAUACGACAUGUGGAAUAAAACCCCAACAGACCUGUGGGAUUGGAAAGCACUAAAGGAGAAAAUUGAAAAGCACGGUGUGAGGAACAGCCUGCUUUUGGCCCCGAUGCCCACAGCCUCCACUGCCCAGAUCCUGGGCAACAAUGAGUCCAUUGAGGCAUACACAAGCAACAUCUACACUCGCAGGGUGCUCUCAGGAGAGUUUCAGAUUGUGAAUCCUCACCUGCUGAAGGACCUCACAGAAAGAGGACUGUGGAAUGAGGAUAUGAAGAACCAGUUAGUUGCUCAGAACGGCUCCAUCCAGGACAUUAAAGAGAUCCCAGAUGAUCUGAAGCAGCUGUAUAAAACAGUUUGGGAAAUCUCCCAGAAGGCUGUCCUCAAGAUGGCAGCAGAUCGUGGCACCUUCAUUGAUCAGAGCCAGUCUCUGAACAUUCACAUUGCUGAGCCAAACUACGGCAAACUCACCAGCAUGCACUUCUAUGGAUGGAAGUUGGGCCUGAAAACCGGCAUGUACUACCUGAGAACAAAACCCGCUGCCAACCCGAUUCAGUUCACCCUGAACAAGGAGAAACUGAAGGAGAGCCAGUCGACGAAGAGUGUGGAGGAAGAAGCCAGAGAGCGCAACACAGCAGCCAUGGUCUGCUCCUUAGCCAACAAAGACGAAUGCCUGAUGUGCGGUUCCUAAAACAAGGAAUGACUCGCUCCAGCUCCGUUCCCCUCAAACAUUCACAACCUGAUUUAUAAUAUUUCUGGAAACUAUUUGGUGCUUUUUAAGUGAACAAGAACAAAAUCGCAAAUUUAUACAGUUAUUUAAUAUUUAGGGAUUUUUUUUUUCAUAUCAUGAAAUGUAUGUUGUAUUUCCAUAAUGUAUAGAAUUGAUUGUACUUAGUUUUAUAAUUGCAGUUUUCUUUUUACUGAAUUUCAUGUUGAUCUUUGUUUAGAAUAGAAUCAAUCAUCUGGCAUUAAAUAUUAUUACUGCA